UCAUUGACAGUUUGUAAUGAUGAUUAGUUUAGAAAAGUAAUUCACCGCAUUUGACGAUGUUGCGUUGAGUAUUUAGAUAUGUUAGAAUUUAUUUCAAUCUUGGUGAAUUCUGUCACAUAGUUACAGUACUUUUCUGAAUAGGUAAAAUACACUGUUCAACUAAAGUGCAGUGUUGCGUUGGUCACACCUCGAAGUUGAUUUUCCUUUCCUCUGCUCAACCAUCAUGGCAUCGCUUUUAACAGUGAACAAUAACUCACACAGUGAUUUGGUUGAUGAAACCAACAUAGGUGGAUCCAAAGUGUACCACUGUAACAGUGGCGAUUUGAUGGGAGGUCUUGGACUGGUGGUUCAAGCUGUACUGGCAUUCUUAGCAUUUACAUCACUUAUAGUGAAAAGAUACUGUGAGCCAAUUUAUGAAAGACGACCUUGGAAAAUAUGGUUCUUUGACACAUCUAAGCAAGGUUUUGGGGCUGCUGUCAUCCAUUUUGCUAAUGUGUUCCUAGCAGAUAUGUUUCAGGGAGAUCCAUGCACCUGGUAUUUUGUGAGCUUCAUACUGGAUUCUACAAUUGGUUUGUUUGUGAUUUACAUUGGUCUCAAGCUUACUCAAGUUAUUGUGCGGAGGCUGAAGUGGGAUUCACUAAAGUUUGGAGAAUAUGGGAAUCCCCCCGCCUGCAGCACCUGGGUAGGACAGUGUGCCCUGUAUAUCCUUGUGAUGAUCCUGGAGAAAAUUCUUAUGACACUUCUGAUCCAGUUUGACUUCUGGAAGAAGGUGAGGAAAUUUUUAAUGUCACCCAUUAAGGACCCCAAAGUAGAGCUGGUGAUUGUGAUGUUCAUAGUCCCACUAGUGGUUAAUGCUUUUAUAUUUUGGGUAGUAGACAACUUCCUGAAAAGAAAAAUUAAAGGUACGAAAACUAUAUAUGUCAGUGAUGUAGAGACAAGCGUAAAAUACAAUAGAAACAAAGAAGAGGCACGGUGCUACAACAGAAUAGAAAAAUCAGACGAUUACUUUGAAUCAGACUUGAUGGCUUCUACUGAUGAUGAACCAGAUCUGAGAUAUAGAAAUACGGACGGGACGGAAAAAUUACUAGCAUGAUGAAAAUAGAUUUAUUGAACAGUUUGAGGGCAAAUAAUUCUAUGGUUCAUCAUUCUUCACUUAAAAUAAGUAUAGUGAAUUGUUUUAUGUGAUAUGUGAUUGAUUUUUU